UCACUUUUGCCACUGGAGUGGCCUGAUUGUUCAGUGAGCAGCUCUGUGGGAGCUCAGACAGGUUCAUAAAUCGCUUAAAAAACGACAGCACUGACCUGAAACUGAGAAGGAUAUAACUAAGCUUUUUUACAUACUUUAGUGAUUUUCGAUCAAGGAAGAUUGUUGAAGGGACCUAAAAUCUGAUGAUGAAACAAUCUUCCUGGAGGCCAAUGACUGAGCCUGGCUUUUGGGCAGGUUUCUUGGUUAUUUUAUGUACACUCAGCACAGCAGUGGAUGUCCACCAAGCUCUGAAACCAACAUCCAUGAACAGCAAAGUUAUCCAAAGACACAAAAGAGAAUGGAAAUGGGAUAAACUUUAUUUGUAUGAGGAAACGUUUCCAAAGACCCCACUUGAAAAAAUUGGAAAGCUAGAUAAUACACUUUACAAUGAGAUGUCCACACGAUAUAUCCUCUCAGGAGAAGGUGCUAAUGACAUUUUUACUGUAAAUGACAUGGGGGAUAUCUUUGUCAGUACAGCAUUAGACCGGGAAGAGAAGAGCGUCUACAGACUCUCAGCCUCACUCAUCAACAUUCAAACCAGAAUGCAGAUUGACAAAGAUGAUCCUUUUGAAAUAGUGCUCCUUGAUAUAAAUGACAACAGACCUGUUUUUCCACCUGCCCUAUCUGGAUCCAUCAGUGAAUCCUCUAGAGAAGGAACUACUGUAAUGACAGUAGAAGCAACUGAUGCUGAUGAUCCAACAACUAAAAAUGGAAUGAUUGAGUACAAACUUUUAAAUGGGACAGACCUCUUUCACAUCAACAGUAAAGGUGUCAUUAGCACAGUGAAAAGCACCCUGGACCGUGAGAAACAGAGUCAGCACCUGAUUGCCAUACAAGCCAAAGAUUUGCCAGGAUCAGAUACUGGAAAUAUUGCUACAACCAUAGUGACAAUCAACAUUACUGAUAUAAAUGACAACAUUGCCACCUUCAAGACAGGGAAAUAUCGAUUUAAUGUGAAAGAAGACAGCAAACCAGGAUCUGAAAUUGGCACAUUAACGGUGGAGGACAGAGACGAGAUUCAAAACAAAGAUCCAACAUUUACUAUUCAUCAUGACGGAUUUGCCAUUAAACUGAGUAAUGUGAAAGAUGGAAUUCUUAGCCUUACAGUACCUCUCGACUUCGAAACAGAGAAGACGUACAGUUUCAAUGUAGAUGUGGUCGAGCACACAGUGUCUAAAUCCCCAGAUAACCAAGGACCCCAGUUGCUGAAGAGAGCCGAAGUUUUCAUCAAUGUAAUUGAUGUUGACGAACCACCCGUUUUUAACCAAACUGAAUACAAGUUCAGCGUUUAUGAGGGCCCUUUCAAGAAUCCAAUUAUUGGUGCUGUCUCAGCAAAGGAUCCAGAUAUAAAGGGCUAUAAAAUACGGUACUCUAUUGAAGACUCAAACUGUCCUGUAACUGUGGAUUCUGUACUAGGGCAUCUUUCCUUAAAAAGACAACUGGAUAGAGAGCAAGAGUCCUCAUACACAUUUCAAGUUAAAGCACAGGAAGAUACACCAAAUGGUCAAAUAUCCUAUGCAAUGGUUAAUCUGAAGGUUAUUGACAUCAAUGACAACGCACCAGAACUAACUAAUGGGAGUUACGUGUAUGUUUGUGAGAGUGAUAAAAGUGGCACGGUAAUUGGGAUUAUUGGUGCCCAUGACAAGGAUGAAAAUCCAGGCAGAUUUCGCUUCACUCUGGCAAAAAAGAGCUCAAACUUUUCCCUUCAUGACAACCAAAAUAACACUGCAAACAUUGUGCUGAAGCAGGAAGGUUUCAGUACAGAGCACUCAGUGGAGCAUGUACUCGAAAUCGAAAUCUCUGAUGGAGGUACACCAGAACAAAAGAGCAUUAACCCCCUCCACAUAAAAGUGUGCACAUGCCAGUCGGAUCGAAGGACAGAUUACUGUAUGGCAUACGCCCAGACUGGAGUGAGUGUUAGUGUCAUCUUAGCCAUUCUUCUCUGCAUAAUCACAAUCUUGGUUAUUGUCAUCCUCAUUGCGUUGCGGAGACGUUACCAGAAAGACACUUUUGUCACACUUGGCAAGUCAUCUGGUGAGAUCCAUGAGCAGCUGGUGAGCUAUGAUGAGGAGGGUGGUGGAGAGAUGGACACAAACGGCUAUGAUGUCUCCAUCCUGACCUCCGCCUGUCAUGACAGCAGCUUUCGGCCCAGCACAGGGCCUUCGCUUUAUGCCAUGGUGAAGAAACCCCCAGCCUGCAAGGGCGACAUGGCCAUGAUGAUCGAGGUGAAGAAAGAUGAGGCAGAUCACGACCGUGAUGGAAUUCCCUAUGAUACAUUACACAUCUAUGGCUAUGAGGGAUCUGAAUCCCUGGCUGGUUCCAUCAGCUCCUUAGACUCAUCCUCUAGUGGGUCCAAUUUGGAAUAUGACUUCCUAAGUGAUUGGGGACCACGUUUCAGGACCCUAGCGCAACUCUAUGGAGUAGAUGGCUCUGACACUGAUAGCUCCUACUGAUCCAAAGAAAGAAAAAACAUAUCUCAGCUGCCAUCAUCCUAGGAGAUUAUAUCAAACUAAGGAUCCAUUAGAUGCUAAAAUGCAGUAUGAUGGAGGUUGCUGUAAUCUCUUUAUGGGACAUUUUGUCAGGGUCUCUUUAAAAGAGUGAUUAACAAGUGCCAAUACUUGUUUCCUUCAUGUAUUGUUAUAACAUCAUGAUGAGCAUGAUAGUGUUUUUAAUUUUGAUGAAAAACAUGCCUUGGUCUUUCAGACUAGUUUUGUAGAGGUAAAUUUUGUACAAAACAGUAUUGGACACUGGUUGGAACAGGCUAACUUUUGGCCAUUUUAUCCAUAUACUGCAAAUUUGUAUUGAUGUUAACACAAAGUAUCAGUGUGAGUGUUCUUCCUUAAUUAGACCAUUUUGUGAUGGAAAAUAUUUUUCUUUCAUGUUUAUUAUUAUUCUUUUUUUUUUCUCCAUCUUAUACUAUUCACAAAACCCUACGUUUUUUUCUGGACUUUAUUUCUAAAGCCAGCAUUGUUCAGCAGCUGACUCUUUAGGAAAACCACUGAAUUGCCAUGGGAGCAACAGAGGAAGCGGUGAUAACUGUAUAUUGAAAGAAUUAAAGGCUACUCCAAGUUUAUUUGACAGGAAUCAUCAGCACAUUGAUUGUUAAGAGUAAAGCCCAAAUCUCUAAGGUCGACCAAUAUAAGGCAAUUGCAAACAUCUCAGGAAACAUGCAGUGACUUGUAUACUGAAAUGCGAGAAGUGGUCUGAACAUCUGAAUGACCAUUUGAAUCAUAUGUGUGGCUAUAUAUUUAACAGGGUCUUAUGAGAACAAUGCACAAAUGUACUUGCUAAAAAAUGUUUAAAGGGAUAGUUCAUCCAAAAAAAUUAAAUCCUCUCAUCAUUUACUCACACUCAUGCCAUCCCAGAUGUGUAUGACUUUCUUUCUUCUGCUGAACACAAAUUAAGGUUUUUAGAAGAAUAUUUCAGCUCUGUAGGUACAUACAAUGCAAGUGAAUGUAUACCAACAUUUUGAAGAUCCAAAAAUCACAUAAAGGCAGCAUAAAAGUAAUUAAUUCGACUCAAGAUCAAUAUUUAAAUCCUUUUUUUUUUUUUACUAUCAACCUCCACUUUCACUUUUACAAUAUUUGAUUUGUAUUUUUAUUUUAUUUUUUGCAUUUGACAAUUUGCAUUCUUCAUUCAUAUCGCCAGCUAAUGGGCAGGGAGGAAAAUGUAUAGUAAGAAAGGACUUUUUUCUCAGCCACACCUAUCAUAUUGCUUCUGAAUAUAUGGAUUUAAACACCGUAGUCUUAUAGAUUACUUUUUUGCUGCCUUUAUGUGGUUUACCCAUUCACUUGCAUAGUAAGGACCUAUAGGGCUGAAAUAUUCUUCUAAAAAUCUUUGUUUGAAGAAAGAAAAGAAAGAAAGUCAGACACAACUGGGAUGGCAUGACGAUGAGUAAAUAAUACUAUUAUUAUUAUUUUAUUUAGAUUUUUUUGGGGUGAACUAUCCCUUUAAGGUUGUUAAACCUUAGUUUUACUCCAACAUAUGUAGCAGGCCAGCCUCUCUUGUCUCAUGGUAGUAUUGAUUAUCCACACACAAUAUUAUUAUAUAUUUAAUAUAAUUGACAAGAGGAUCUUCAUUCAUUGAAAAACCUAUUUUGCUCUUUAAAUAUUUACCUCUGUGCACAAACUUUACCCCAUGUCCCACAUUAGCCAUAGGCACAAUAUGUGGAAGCCACCAUCUGCUUUUCCUGUAGGGAAUUACAUGCCAAGCACUCAUCUCCCAUCUCAGUCAAAAUGACCAGCUUCGUCACUAAAAUGUCAACUUCCUGUCUACGUGAGCACAAAGAAACUGACUUCCUGUUCCCUUAUCUUUUAAGUGAACAGACACAUUGGAACUGUUUUCCUGUUUUCUUGUCUUGGACGGAUAAGGAAAGAAAACUUAGGAGAGCAGGAAAACGUUAAAGAACAAUGUGAAUCACGCUGUCUUGGUCGCAAAGGCAUUGUCAAUCCUUUAAGACAAAGGUGUGGAUUUGGUUGGAUUUCGCUAAUUUAAUUGAUAUAUUUUAGGUCUGUUUUCCUUAAGUUAUUUUUAAAGGAAUAUCUUCUUUAUAGUUGUCUUUCUACUGUAUAUCCUUUUGGUUUUAGAAUUAGUACAAUCACUAAAGCACAGAUAUGUAUUAAUGCCAAGACUAUUAUCUUCCAUGAACAUCAGAAAUACUGCACAUAGUGUCAUUGAAUGAUAUAUUUAUAUUUCUCAUAUAUAAAAAAUUAAGAACUGGAAACAUAGCUAAAAUUAGAGCCUUCCGUUCACAGUAUACGUAAUUGUUCCUUAUUAUGAUCAUAUUCCCUGUAAGUAUGCUUUUGAACCAGCUGUAUGUGGCAAUAAUGAACUCAUUUAUAAGUGUAAAAUGUAGUGUGUUGAAUGAGCAUUUUUUUUAAUAAAUUAAACAGGUGAUGUGUCUGCGAUUUCUUAGGCAGGUCCAGUAGAUGUCAGUGUUGGACAGCCAGGUUAAACAUUUCAGUUUGUGAUUUUUGUGUUUGGUAGAAGGAAAACAAUAUGUGCCUUUUUUCUAUUGUUUCUAUUGUCUUUUUGUUUCUCUAAAACAGGCAUUUUUGUAUUUGAAUAAACUUCACAUUCCAUAAAACU